CUUGGUGGCACCAUGCACGAUCCUGGUGGUGGUGGUGGUGGUGGCGGCGCCGUGCCUGCAAGUGCCGGCGCUGCCCCGGCCAGCGGGGCUGCGAGCGCAGGUGGUCCAGCGGCCAAGCGGCCCUACAUGGGGCCCGCUCAGUACACGCAGUACCAGCAGAGGCAACCCUACCCAGGACAGCCGAGGCCGCCUAGCCAGGGAUACCCGCAGCAGCAGAUGUCGCCUUACCCAACUGGUCCCCAGCCGCCACCUGGGCAGGUGGGUGGACCCCACCCACCCUCGCCUGCACCAUCACCUCACCAGCAGGAGAGGCCCACACCACCGCCCCAAGCCCAGGGUUCGGCGUCACCAUCUCGGGGUGGUGGCCCCGACGGUCCUCCAUCUCGGCAGGGCACGCCCAACUCUCACCCUUCGGCCUACGGUGGCUACCCGCCUUCUUCCUCGUCUUCGGCUGUGGGGCCUCCCUUACCACCCACCUCGGCCUCGUCGUCAUCUCUGUCCUCCUCUGCAUCAGUGGCCCCUACGUCUUCGUCCUCCUCGUCUUCUUCCUCCAUGUCUUCAUCAGGUGCGCCAGGACUUUCAGUGUCGCAGCAGCAGCAACAACAACAGCAGCAGCAGCAACAUCAACAGCAGCAGCAUCAACAGCAGCAACAACAUCAACAGCAACAACAUCAACAGCAGCAACAUCAACAGCAGCAACAUCAACAGCAGCAGCAGCAACACCAGCAGUCGGUAAGUUGGGGUUCCCUUCACUCUAGAUAAUGUGCCAGCCAGGGCAUCGCAUGG